AUGGGCCUCACAUUCCACCAAGGCAUCGCCGCUGCCGAAGUAGCCAUCUACAUCCCAGGACUCCUCAUCGCAAGUUUCCUCACCUACAGACACGGCUUCAGCCGAUCCGCAGGAUGGUACUUCCUAAUAAUCUUCAUACUCGCGCGAGUCCUGGGAGGAGCCUUCCAACUAGCAACUAUCAACGACCCCACGAAUAUCAGUCUCCUAACAGGAGCCUCAAUCCUCGCCAACAUCGGCUUCUCACCUCUCGCCCUCGCAACACUGGGUCUCCUCUCUCGGCUUGUAGAUAACAUCCACAAGACCAGACCUAGCCUGCACUUCGGAUUCAACACGACAUGGAUCAAAAUGAUCGAAACCCUCUUGACUAUCGGUUUAAUCCUCGGAAUCGUGGGUGGAGUUGACACCGGCGAAGUAGCAACCAAGUCACCAACGGGUUCCGCACAACCUGGGAGCAUCAGUAAAGCAGGAGUGAUCCUCUUCAUCAUCGCAUAUGUCGCCACCAUCCUGGUAACACUCAUCACAUCCCUCUCCAUCUCCGCAGCCGAACAGGGAGAACGUCGUAUCCUCUUCGCAAUCGGUUUCUCGCUCCCAUUCUUACUUGUAAGAUUGGUAUACUCCUGUACCGCAAUCUUCACAAACGAUAGGAAAUUCUCGCUUCUGUCUGGAAGCGCGGUAAUUCUCCUUUGCGUUGCGCUGAUUCCAGAAUUAAUCGUUGUCCUUUUAUAUGAGAGUGUUGGUCUCACAUUAAGAGUCAUUCCCAAGGAACAACGAAGGCAACAUGCGCCAGUGGGAAGUGUCAGUAGUGCAGGUGCGGGAUACGUGGUAGAAGGACAGACCCAACAAUGGGCACCGAAGCGUGAUAAUGUUGUACUGAGGAUCGCGAAGAGAACGAUUAUUGGGAGGAUCGUCAUGGCGUUGAUUCCGGAUACUCGGCAGAGGAACCUUGACUCGGAAAUGACUGUGGGCCAGUAUUAUCGCAAGUAG